UUUAUUAUCUCAACACGGAAAUGGAUAAACUUGAACAACAACCAUGGUCUCCAGAAAAAGAGAAGGUUCUUCUAGAGCCUUACAAUUAUUUAUUGACCUACCCUGGUAAAGAAAUAAGAAGCAAAUUGAUCGAUGCUUUUGAUCAUUGGCUUAAAGUACCCAAAGAAAAAUUGACUAUUGUAACUAAAGUUGUUGAAAUGUUACAUACUGCCAGUUUACUAAUUGAUGAUGUAGAGGAUGAUUCGAAGUUACGUCGAGGUGUACCAGUUGCCCACAGUAUUUAUGGCGUACCCUCUACGAUCAAUUGCGCGAAUUAUGUAUAUUUUCUUGGGUUAAAUGAACUUACCAAGCUCAAUGACAUAAACAUGUUUAAUAUUUAUACAGAGGAAUUAUUAAAUCUUCAUCGUGGUCAAGGAAUGGAACUCUAUUGGAGAGAUACCCUGACAUGCCCUUCUGAAGAUGAAUUCAUUGAAAUGGUUUCAAAUAAAACUGGUGGUUUAUUACGUUUGGGUGUUAAAUUAAUGCAAGCAGCUAGUGAAUCUAGAGUUGAUUAUGUUCCAUUAGUUAACCUUAUUGGCAUCCAUUUUCAAAUACGUGAUGAUUACAUGAAUUUGCAAUCAGAUAAGUAUGCAGAUAAUAAAGGUUUUUGUGAGGAUUUAACGGAAGGGAAAUUUUCUUUUCCAAUUAUACAUUCUAUUCAUUCUGAUCCUGAUAACAGACAAUUAAUAAAUAUUUUGAAACAACAUACAACUUCCAUUGAAUUGAAACAAUUUGCAAUAAAACUUAUGAAAGAAUCUGGUUCUUUUGAUUAUACCAAACAUUAUUUGUCUCAAACUGAAAAAAAAGCUAGGGACGAAGUAAAAAGAUUAGGUGGAAAUCCUAUGUUAGAACAGCUUAUGGACUUUUUGAGUGUCGAAGAUUAGUUUAUUACAUUAAAAUAUGCAUCAAUUUAAAAUUAUUAA